GUCUGUGUCAAUGUUAGUGACUCAACUCGUCAAAACAGACAGAACCGUCAUUUUCUCGGGUAAUAAAAAAAAAAGUUUGAAGAUGAAUAGUCGUAUUUUUGAAACAUGGCUCUGAACGACCAAGACAACACAGUUUAAAGUUUGAGGUAUGACAGAGAGCUGUGCGUCCUGAGAGAGCAGAACACUCCAGGCUGCGUUGUUUUUAGUUCUUUUUUUUUUACUGUGUAUGUUUUAUUAUUAAUACACGCAAGACAGAAGACUUAUGACAUUGCGCACAGACCGGGAGCGGGGUUGCAAAUGGGCGGCAUAGGUGGCAACCUCUACCUCAGCAUGUUGAAUGGGGCUGAAACGCAAACUUUCGGAAAGAGCACCGACAUCAGCAGUCACCUCCACCGCGGCAGCAAGGAUCUAGCCGAGUUUAAAAUGGGGAUUCAGGACGCCAGAUUUUACUACCCGGACUCUGUUCAAAGCGGGCAGGACGCUCUGGCUCUGCAGUAUCACUCGGAGCAGGCGGUGGGAGGGUACGCAGCGCAGCCCGCCAGGUUUUACGCACAGACCAUCAGCAGCUGCCCGUAUGGCAUGGUGCGCUCACCGCCGAGAAGCGGUGCCGGGCAGGGUUACAUCCCGACGGCGGGGGAAGGAUUUCCUGCGGCCAGUAAAGACGUGUAUUCUCCGUCCCCGGAGAAUUACACUGCGACCUUUCAGCACAGUUACCAGCGGCCGCCUCUCUACCCGUUACCUGGGCUACAGGUGAGCGGGAAGACCCAGGCUCUGCUCAAUAACUACCCGCUGUGGGCCAAGUUCCACAAGCUGCAAACUGAGAUGAUUAUCACCAAACAGGGGAGGAGGAUGUUCCCCUUUCUGAGCUUCAACAUCAGCGCUUUGGAGCCCUCUGCCCACUAUAACGUCUAUGUGGAUGUGGUUCUGGCCGAUCAGCACCACUGGAGGUACCAGGGUGGCAAGUGGGUCCAGUGUGGGAAAGCAGAGGGAAACAUGCCAGGGAACAGGAUGUACAUGCAUCCCGACUCUCCCAAUACCGGAGCCCACUGGAUGAGGCAAGAGGUGUCGUUUAGCAAACUGAAGCUCACCAACAACAAGGGCAGCACCAACAAUGUGGCACAGAUGAUCGUGCUCCAGUCACUCCACAAGUACCAGCCGCGCCUCCACAUUGUGGAGGUGAAGGAGGACGGCUCUGAGGAUCCUUUUCUCUCAGCCAAAGCUCAGACCUUCGUCUUCCCAGAGACUCAGUUCAUCGCCGUCACUGCCUAUCAGAACGCAGACAUCACUCAGCUGAAAAUAGACCAUAACCCUUUCGCUAAAGGUUUCCGUGACAAUUAUGACACGCUGUACGCUCCUCCUGACUCUGAUCGCCUCACCCCCUCUCCAACAGAGAGCCAGCAGCUGCUGUCAGGGAGCUGCUUCCCCCAAGGCUACCUCUCUGAGCAGUACAUGCCCCAGAGCCGCUUCUUCAGUCGUGAGCCUAUUAGCGUGGGCCAGCAGCACAAAGACCCGUCUUCCAGCCCCAGUCCCCACAGCCGCUGGUACCUGCCGCCUCAGCAGGGUGUGGCACCCAACCGGCUUGACUUCAGUUCCUCAUACGAAGGGGACUUCUCUGGAAACAGUUUCUACAAGCCUUUCCCCUUGCAGGCGUCUGCUCACCAUGCCCUCAGCUACUACCCUGACCAUCCUUUUGCAUCUCCCAGCGUGUCCGUAUCAGGAACCACCUCAGCAGGCUGGAGCACCAGUCGGCCUGCCCCUCAGUACCUCAAUCACCCAAGUAAGCCUGGCCCCAGUCUGGGCUGGUUUAGGCCCAUAUCAUCUUCCUCAUCCUCCUCAUCUUCCUCCAUGUCGCCUGGCAAUCCCAGGCUGAACCCUCCCUCGCUCCUCGAACCCCUGCAGCUGCCCGUGUUGCAGGACAAACCCAAAGACACUGUGGGAGUAGUCGUGGAGGAGCCGUGGCUCGACGCUCCCUCUGCGAAAUCAGCAGACUCUACAGACUCGGGCCUGUUUGAGGGCGUUGUAGGGGACAACAAGAAGAGAAGAGUGUCGCCCUAUACAUCCAGCACUGAAAACUCCCCUCCGCCACACAGUGCAGAUGUCAGUGAGAAGGACAGCAACAGCAAUGCAGACUACUAUGGCUAUUACACCCACUGAAGACCUCACAAAGCACAACGUUCGCUGCAGUCUCUCCCAGCGUCUUCCUACACCGCCGUCACGGCUCUGAAUCGGUCUGUACUGUCAAGUCCAGGUGCUGCAGACAAAUACCAAAGCCACAUAACACAACAUCGACUGUCACAUCACUGGAGGUCACACAGCGUGGCCAGCCUCUCUGUAAAGUCUCCUUUCAAAGUGUCAAAUGAGGGCUGCAAGUGAUAAGGAGGAACUUUUCGAGGUUACACUCUCAAACUUAGUGUGGAACAGGAGUGGAUGUGACUGGCACUCUGCCCUUAAGUCACAUAAAUACCAAACAGACACACAGUGCAGACCUUUGACUUAAACCUUUGAAACAUCUAGAGAUUUAUUUAAAAAAGAAAAAAAAAAAAGGAUCUGCAUAUCUGGUUGCUGACAGUUGCCUGCGGGGAUUGUCUGUUCUUCCUGCAUCAAAUACUCUCUCUGUCUCCUUUGCGCUGUCUUGUCUCAGUCUGUCUUUUCCCUCCUCACCCACAGCGAUUCACACAUACUUCAGAUACGCUCACGUUCACUGUGUGGGCAGAAAUUACCUUUAUCCCACAGGCCUCACUCUUCUGAUUCCACCCAUGUCGUUUACUGCAGCUCCCACUAGUGGCGACAGUGGAGUGUUGCAGGCUGACAGUGUCUGAGUGAGCUAAUGUGAGCGGGUUAAGAGAGAUUAGAAGUAAGGCUGCUAAUCUGUCACAGCCCUUGUGAGGACAAUCUUGUGUGUGUGUGUGCUGCUGUUCAGUCAAUCGGGAAACACAGCAGAGAUAGCAAGUCAAGCACAAUCCUUAAUAUGAGGUUUUCUAACCAGAGGUGAGAGUUUACAUUAACAGCAGACACACUGCCCACCUGGGAUUUUUUAUGGUAAAAAAAAAAAAUGAAAUGAUGGUUAUUGCAAAUGCACUUACAUCCUAGCACUGUAUAUCUACAACACAGAGACAGGUAACAUUGAAGUGAAGGUCGAUGUCUCUGUUGCUGAUGAUCCUGAUGAUCACUGGGUCGAGCUCACUAGCAGAUGUUUACAGAGGGGCACGGGGGAAUUGUGAUGAUUAUAAUUAUUGUAUAACACUGGCUGUGUGAUACUUCAUGGACAAACUUAUUCAGAAUAUGAUUAUUGUUAAGAAAAGAGACAAUAGGGUGACUGGAGUGUGAAACUUGGGAAGCAAAGUUAACCCAUCUUUGUUCAAAGGUUCCUGACUAUCUUUAGAUUCAGGCACAGCAAAUUUCAUUGUAUUUUAUGUACAAUGGUAAUAAAAGUUAUUCUAUUAUAAAAAAAAAUUUCCUUUCCUCCACUGUCAAAGCACUGUUAGUGAAAACUUCACAGACUGGUUGGUAUUUUUAUUAUCAGUAUCUCACUGUUUUUCUUUAUUUAUUAUAUAUAGUUUG